AUGGCAGAGAUUUUUGAAGAGCCAGAAUGUGUUGUUGAAGCUGAGGAUGUCGGUGAGGUGAUGAGUGAAGAGAGUUUGGCAGAGCUUGAAGAAGUAGCAGCAGAAGUUUAUUACUAUCAAUCUGAACAGGAGAUUAUUGCUAGUUCUUUUAAAUCCAUAAUGCCUCUUAACAUGUUUGAUUCUUUUGCAGGAUUCUUCAGCGAGCCAACUACAGGUUUUUGUCCACAAUAUGAUGUCAAAAAAGCUCCGGUUGAAGAAAUCAUAGAUGUUUCUAAAGAGAUGAAUGAAGAAACUCUGAAGGAGAUAGCUGACAAGGCGUUGAUGGGCAAGCUGAAAGAGGUAGACAAAACUCAAGAUUCAGAGUCUGUCGAAACAGAGUCUGUCAAAACGGAGUCUAUCGAAACGAAGUCAGUCAAAAAGGAGUUUGAGUUCAAAUCAGAAAAUCUGGAUAUCAAAUCAGGAGAAAAAUCAAAGUCUGAGUCUGACGGGUUUGGUAAAACAGAAAUUAAAACUGAUAAAGAGGAAAAGGUUUUUGAAAAAGAUGAUCAGAUUUCUGAAACUCCAUGCAAAAACUGUUUAAAACCCUGCAUGGGCUGUCUUGAAAAAGACAAACAACUUCAAGAAUUGAAAAAAUAUAACGAUGAAGUAAAAUUUGAUCUUAAUGAUGUGAAAGAAGGUUAUGACACUUUAGCACGCUCAAUCAAAAUGAUUCAAAAAGAAAGUUUAGAAAAUGAUAAAGCUACCAAUUUGUUAAAAGCAACAGUCAUGGAUAAGCAGAUGGAAAUUAACAUUCUUUUGGACAAAAUAGCAUCUUUGAAAAAGGAACUUGAAUUAAUCAGGAUUGAAACAGAAAGAGUUGAUAAGAAAUUGAUCAAUGGGGUGGAAGCAGCUUUGAAUCUCAAGUUGAGAACUGUUGAGAAUGAGUUACCUGAAAAUAUUGAUGUUACAUUCUCUCCAUCCGACACUGACAAUGAGUCACAAGUGAUUAAAACUGUUGUUGACAAAGUGUUAGAUGAAGAAAGUGAUAACUCAGAUUUCGGUACUGUGAAAACUCAAUUGGAGAAUUCAAAUUCUGAUUCUGAAGAUGACGGGAACUUUCUGGACAAGUUCAUACCAAAAUCAGAUAAAGUUGUGAAUGAUGAUUCGAUCCUUGUGGUUUACACAAUGACCGGAACUGACAAACUCUAUUCUGAUUUUGAGUAUCCAAUUCAGAAUGCAAAAUUGGAGAAUGUUGAAAAAGUGUUCAAACUUGUAGAAAUUGACAUUUCAGAGGUUAACAACAAUGCAUUUUUGUCAAAACCGAAAAAGUCUUUUGUGAAACAACAACCAAACAACCCGGGGAAGAAAGAAUGGGAGGGUAACAACGGUCACAACAAAAGACAUGGUAACAAUUUCAAAAGGAAAGGUGUCGGUUUUGAAAAGAAAAUGGAUAAAAAGGAUUUUAAACCAAAAGAAAAGUUGAGCGAUGUAUUUGUUGCAGGAAAGAACACAGUGGCUGAAAAAGAUUAUAUCUUUAGUCAGAAAGCAGUUGACAAUUUCAAUGCAGCCAAAAAGUUGAAAAAUGAGACCAACAGAUCUACUUUUGUCGAGUAUGACAAAAGAAUCUGUUACCGCUGCAAUGAAAUUGGUCACAUGGCCAAACAGUGUGAUAAAAAGAUUGAAAAACCAGUUUUCCAGAAACCCAAACUUAAAACUUCAAAAGAUGUUAAGGGUAAAACACCGAUGGUUUCCCCCGUUCGUAUUCUGAAACGAGGUGAAUCUUUAAAGUCCAAGGAUAAGUCAAAAUCAACCUUUGAGAUUGGUGAGUCUUCGAACACUAAAAAGAUUUCAAACGUUUAUCCCAAAAUGAAAAUUUUUCAAAAUCAAUCAUGGGUGGAAAAACCUAAACAGUCAUUUGAAGAAAAGAAAAUGGAAAAGGAAUUAAAAUCUGAAUCAAAAGUGUUUGCAACCGAUGUUGAUAAACUUGAGUUUGAAUUGGACAAACUAAUUGAGGAAUUCCCACCAAUUAAGGAGGGAGAUCUUAAAUCAAAGUUGAAACCUGUUGUUCCAAACGUUAUCUUCAACAUUCCAAAAGUUGACGUGUCUCAUGAUAUUAUAUUUGGUAGUGUUCCAAAUGGGCUUCCAAGGUCAAUCAUUUCAAAGUGGAUUAUGGAUAGCGGCGCCUCGAGGCAUAUGACUGGAAUGUUAGCUUUCUCUAUGAUGUCAAAUCAAUCAACGGAGGAUAUGUUGGAUUUGCGGGAAAUCAGGGAGGAAGAAUAG